AUGUCAGAUGAUGAGAUGAUCUGUCACUGUCAACUGGUCAAACCAGGUUUCAGGACUGCCGAGACACUCACUAGCAAGAUAGGACCUUUCUUUAAAUUGUGUGAUGAGGAGUUAUCCAAUCAGUCUCAUCAUGACUUUGGUCUGAGAGCCCUAAAGAGUGUACUGGUGAGUGCUGGUAAUAUCAAGAGGGACAGGAUCCAGCAAAUGAACCAAGAACUGGCAGCUCAAGGACAGACACUGGAGGAAACUGAUCUAUCUAAGCAACUUCAUGAACAAGAGGAUGAGGUUUGUAUAAUGUUUGAAUUACAAGACCUUAAGUUUGGUACCCUAGCCACUGUGAGUUGCUGUGGUAUGGUCUGGUUUAGUGAAGACGUCUUAACACUUGAUAUGGUUUCUGAUCACUUCAUAUUGAAACUGAAAUCAAUACCUAUUGACGAGGGAGACGAGGAACUGAGAGGAGGGGGCACCUUCAACCAGAAGACCAUCUCUCCUGCAUAAUAUGCAGGUCCGGAGAGAUUUUGCUGAUCUAUUAAGUCCUCAUUUUGC